AUGAAAGAAUGCAUCUCAGAACAGGAUCACUAUCACAGUUUCCCAAAUAAGGGUUAUGCAAUUGACGAGGAAUGCGAUCUGGUUGAGGUGCAGGGACAAGAGGUGGCCUACUGUCUGUGUCGAAAUCAGAAUCUUUGCAAUAAAUCGCCAAUUGCUGAUCAGUUCGUUGCCUUUGAAGAACGUUUCAAUGCCUUCCAGGCAAAACAACCCAAGGUUGAGUCUGAAAUCAGACGGGCGCAACUUCCCAUGAGAGAGAAACAGCCGGAAUUUCCAGAUACUCCAAUAGCAGCAGAAGUUGGCAAUGGUGUAGGAUUCAUUGGCAACGUUGGAGGAAAUCGACAAGCGGUUGCUAUUCCUUCUCCUCCUGCCACACCACCAAUAGUAAAACCUCUGAAAACAACAGCAGGUAAUUCGUUAUGGGUAAAUCGUUUCUGCACCAAUUUAGCUUUCAUCUUCACCCUAAAUUGA